UGACAGUAUACGUUUACACGCUGACAUCGUUAUGUCUUGGUAGAGUGUAUUGCGCGCUGAAGCGGUUAAGCGUCGGCUGUGCAAUCGACAGCGUUGAGAUCGAUACAAGUACUAGUAGUUGCCAUUGUGGCGUAUCRCUUGCUCGCUGAAAACUAUCUAAUCGGUGCGACAAAAUCCUCCCCUCCCYRGCACCCUCUCCGUUCUCAUCCACCUGCAAGCCCCCUAAUCUUCGAAUCUAAGGAGUUUGACACUUAGUGAAAGGGCUACUAUCCAAUGACAAUCGCCUCGUUUCACAUAAGGCGCCAAUUUGUGAAAACGUCGGUUUACCACUCAACCAAUAACCACUCUCUCAGUGACACGCGGUCACGUGAUUGCUCCUUUCAGCCAACCAACACUAAUGUAUUGUCCUCAUGAGAGAUCGGAAUUUUGAAGUAUUCGUUUCGUCAGCUGGUACACGCUUUCGUUGGAGAUAACAUACAACGAAUAGCUAUUAUUACCGGCCCGCAAGAUGAGCGAUCAGACAGCUAAAAAGAAACGCCGAAUAUCUAUGUGUGUUGGAUGUGGCUCGCAGAUCCACGACCAGUAUAUCUUACGCGUCGCUCCAGACCUAGAAUGGCAUGCUAGCUGUCUUAAAUGUGCUGAUUGCCACACGUAUCUGGACGAGACAUGUACAUGCUUCGUACGCGAUGGCAAGACCUACUGCAAGCGUGAUUACGUUCGAUUGUUUGGGACCAAAUGUGCGAAGUGUCUACAGAACUUCAGCAAGAAUGAUUUUGUUAUGAGAGCGAGGAAUAAAAUUUAUCAUAUUGACUGCUUUCGCUGUGUAGCGUGUAGUCGACAACUUAUACCUGGGGAUGAGUUUGCCUUACGUGAAGACGGACUAUUCUGUAAAGAAGACCACGAAAUUGUAGAGAAAGCAACGGCAACUGCGCAGGCGACUCAYGCUCGAUCCAACAGCAAUCCGCGGAGCACUCCGUCAGGGGGUCAAGUUAAUCAAUCUCAAACUGAGGGGAAUACUAAACGUAAGGCCGAUAGGCCUACUCGUGUACGAACAGUCUUAAACGAAAAGCAAUUGCAUACACUACGGACAUGUUAUAAUGCGAAUCCACGUCCCGACGCUAUGAUGAAGGAACAAUUGGUCGAAAUGACAGGACUUAGUCCUCGUGUUAUACGGGUUUGGUUUCAAAAUAAACGGUGCAAAGACAAGAAAAAAGCCACUUUUAUACUCAAGUCUCAAAACCCGAAUCAGCAGCAAAAUUCAGAUGAACUUCAGAACCCGAACAGUAUGUCACCUCCGCAGUCAAUGGCAGGCGUCCCUUAUGUACCCAAUUCUGCAUCAUUGAGACCCGAUGUUAAUAUGACAGAUAUAUCGGGUUACCAGCCAUGGAAAGCUUUGAACGAAUUYGCUAUGCACAACGAUAUUGACCAAGGAGCCUUUCAACAACUGGUUCAUUUUUCAGAACAAGCCCAGGGUAAUYUACCACAUCAACCAGAAGGAAUUACAUCGACUGUAGGGAAUUAAGAAAUGAUGGCCAUCACACACAGCACGAAAUAGGUGCUUUUUAAUUAUUUUACGCACGCGAAGGAAUACAUCACAAGCCGUCUUCGUGCURACCAAGGGUUUAUUAAAGUGAAGACCAUUUAAGAAUAAUACAACAAACGUGAAGAAAUUGAAUUUCUCAAGGAUUUGUGACAAUGCCGGACACUUCUUCAUAUGUCUUCAAUAGAGACGUGUAAUAUUAGGAUGAGAUAUUUUAUUGUUUGAAAGCUGCCAACGCCGCAGUAGUUCAAGAAAAUCUGUACUUAGCUUGUACAUACUAUACAUAUGACAUAUUAUAUAUAUAUAAUUAUAUAUUAUCUAUUGCAAUGCAAUCUUGUGGUUGUAGCUAAAUAUAUUAAUAUUCUUCCAAUG